UUUUUUUUUUUCUUCUUCUUCAUAUUAUUUGUUUAUUAAUGCCUUUUGACACAGUAGAAAGAUCAUUUAAAAAGUUUCGUACAGAUAUUAAUUUUAAUGAUGAAGAAGAAUGGUAUAUGAAAUGUUCAACAUUUUCAAAUCAUAACACUUCUACUACUCCUUUCAAGGAUCAACUACAACAUGGAUCUUGGGAAAAUAAAUCACCUUUUCAACCUAUUACCCACGAUUCUUUAUUGCCUUCUUCUGCUACACCAAUCGAUAUUCCUUAUUCUACUUCUAGUGCUGCUUUUGAUCAUCCUUCUAAUAGUUUAAAUACUAUUUCUCCACAAUCUAAUCAUCAUUAUUAUUGGGAUGACAAUACAAGCUUAACUGAAUCCAUCUCCUCUCUUUCACAUCCCUCUUUCAUAAAUUCUUCUUAUUCACCUAUUCACCUUAAUAAUCUCAUUUCUUCUCCACCACUAGAUACAACUUGGAUAAACAAUCAUAGUUCUCCUCCUAUCUUUACAGACGUUUUAUCAAGAAUCAAAUUUUCAUAUAGCGAUAUCGGAAUUAACCUCGAAGCAAAGAUCUCAAAUGCUUCGGAAUUAAGCUUAUUAAUUGACGCUUUUAGUCACUUGUGCUGUUCUUCUUCUUCUUCUUCUUCAGUAACUACGACUACGACUACGACAAAUCAAGAAAAUUCAGACUCAACAAGUUCACAUGAUGAUACUAAUAAAGUAUUUCACAAUAAAAUGUUACUCUGUCGGAAUAAAUUGAACCAAACAAAACCCGUCAAUUUUUUUGCUUCAACUUGUACACUAGGUCAAAACUCAAAUCCUCUUUCAAAUCUUGAUUCUUUAACAAGUCAAAGGAAAAUAGUAGAUGCUUGUAUAGAUAUCUUUUUCAAAUGUUGGGUUAGAUAUAAGCCUAUAUUAAAAAAAGAUGAAUUUAUGACUUGGUAUGAGUCACAACACGAACCUACUGAAACAUUAAUUGUAAAUGCUAUCUGUGCUCAUGUAUUUAGACAUAUGGUCAUUCAUCAUCCUCAACAAAGCUUAGAUCAUUUUUUAAAAGACCAAGAUAAAUUACAAGAACAAGAAGAGUAUUUCUUUAGUCGAGCUAGAGAAUGUCUUUCUCAAUCCUUUGAUACCCCUGAUCGUUAUACGAUUAUUGCUCUCUUAUUUAUGAGUAUUCGUGCUGACCCUUCUAAAGGACAUCAUUAUGUUGGUAUGGCUGCUUCUGCUUUACAUGAAUUAAAUAUCUAUCCUCGUAUGGUAAACGAAGAUGUUGAUUCUUAUGAUAAAGAAAUGGAUACAAGAUUAUGGUGGUUUGUAUGGGCUAUCGACUUUUAUCAUUGGUCAGCCGGUGCCCAUAAGAAUACACCUCAGCCUUUUAUUCAAGGUGAAAUUGAUUUACCUAAAGUAUUUGAACAAGAUAUUGAUGAAACAGAGAUAAGUGUCAUCACUUUUACUUAUUGUUUAAUGUUAUGGAAGAUACAAGCAGACAUCGUCACUACAUUCUAUCUUCAAGAUCAUUCCACUGAAUUAGUAGUUGAACAGCUUAUAGAAUAUGAUCGACGUUUAUCGAAUUUUUAUAGGGAUUUACCUGAUUAUUUAAUAUUCGACAGUGGAUUUGAAUAUGGCUGUGAAGAACUUUUCUUGGCUUGUUUAAGAGUGAAUAUUGAAUAUAAUGCAACUCUUAUCAUCCUUCAUAAACUAUUUAUACCAGAGAUGAAUCCUAUUCGACCAAGUCAAACUUCUUUAGAAUCUUUAAAUAGUUGUCUCUCUGCUGCUUUAACUCAGUUGAGUGCUAUCAAGACAUGUACCAUGACAACCAUAGGUCAUUGUGCAUUUGAUCGAGAUGAAUUAUGGCGUGCUGCUGAAGUUAUUUCUGUUGCUAUGGAUAUCUAUCAUCAUUCUUUAUCCCCUAAAGAUCAAAUGACGAUAUUGAAGAAUAUUAAACUACAAGACUUUAUGUUGGGUCUAACGAAAUCAUAUCAAAUAUUACAAAAUACACGUGAAUUCCGGUUUGCAUAUAAAAAUUGGUUACAAGUAGCAGAUUGGAUUCAAGCUGAAAUUCGACGACAUCAACUUGCUGUAGGUAAUCGGACUUUAAAACAUCAGUUUGAAGAUGAAUCCAAUAAGAAAAAUAAGCCUGAUUAUUUCCUGGCUCAUCUUAAGCCAAAUCCUUCCACUUUAUCUUAUCUUACAACUACAAAGAAGAAAAGGGAAGAUAAUCCUUCAGUUCUUUAUCAACAAAGACAGUCAUCUACAAGAAAAUCAAUUUCCUUUCAAAAUCAAUUUAGUGUACAACCUGCUAUCCAUCCUUCUUCUUCUUCACUUCCAUCUUCAACUGUGAAUAUUCGAAAAUCAUCUUUUUCAACUGCACCUCCAUUUGUACACUUUACUAAUUAUACCUCUUCAGAUAAACAAAAGCAACAACCAUCUUCAAAUGGUAAAAAUCAUGCUAGAUUUCGUUAUUUUAAUCCAAGAAAGAUGAAUAAGUUUCUUUUUAUUGACGAACAUCCAAUGAUAUAAAGAGAAAAGACAUCUUAUUGUAAAUAGUAGUUAAUAAAUUUAAAUAAUGUUCUUUUAAAGAAGAAGAAAGAGAAUAGGUUUUUUCUUUUUAAUGCACUUUUUUUUUCUAACGUCAUACGUUAUUAUCAGCUGAUCAUGAUAGCAUCACUACUUGUUAUUAACCUUUGCCUUCUUUCUUUCUAUAAAAAUAUAUUUAUUUGUUUACGUUUUCUUAGUAUAUUUUACUACAAAUACAAUACAACUGUCAUCAAGUCAUUAUUCUGAAUUUAACAAUGGGUU